UAAUAAUCUGAAAAUAUUUAACGGAAACAUUUCCAAAUUCAAGUGACGGCUGUUAAAUCUCGGUGUGGUCACGUGAUUGACAACAUGUAAACAUCACCAAGGCGGAAGGCAGUGCGCGAAGGCCAGAUUCAGGGAUGUGCCGGCAACUUCUUUACAAAUUCUGACCAGUUUGACGAAUUCUGUCUUUACUUCAAGGAUUAAAAUAUGGACAGAGCCAAUCUGGAGGCGUUGACGGAGGAAGGGGAGGAGGAAGAGGAAGGAUGGGAGGAUCAGAGUAACUUUGGCCGGCUGGCCCCGAGCUACAUGGAUGAUGAUGAUGAGAGCAGCCAGGAGGAAGGCCAAGACUCGCAGACUGAUGAUGAUGACGAUGACAUGGAUGCCAGAGAGCCUAACAAGUUUGAUAACUUAUGUGAUGGAGUGAUCAGUUCCAUGGGACUGGUUCAGGCAGCUCUGAAAGAGAUGUUGGAGUUUAAGGAUGAAGUGCUGCGUCAUGCCCUACCCCCGAGCGUCCUGGUCAGACUGGCCCUAGUCACCAGUAGAGUCUACAGAAGUGUGAGUGACCUGCAGAUGCCGAGUAACGAGCUGAUCCGCAUGGUACGUGUGUACUCCACCCCCUGGGAAGAGAAGAGCACCGCCCUAAAGAAGCUCCACCAGGAUUACGAGAGCAAACAGAGGCAGCUUAACAUCGCCAUCAAGCGUCUCCAGCUGGUUGAUGCUCAUUCAAAGAGGAUAGCCAGAGAAAAACGCUUGAUGAACUGGGAAAAGCUCUUUUCAAAACUAACCAGUGCUAAAGGUCAUGGACGAAGGUGGAAGUUCCUGAUAGAGUCUAUCAAAGAGAAGGCCAAAUUAGGGUUGGAACAUGUACAUGAGUAUGCCAGAGCCUUGGAGGAAUCUUCUGAUGAGGAGGAGGAAGAGCCUGUGUAUGAAGGGGUGGAGAGUCGGUUGUCAGGGAAACAAGGGACUGAACCCUGUCUUGAUGAUCAUGAUACUGUGACAGAGGCUCCAACUGAGGUCUCAGCUACUCCAGCAGAGAGGGCAGAUUCAGAUGGGGACACGUCUAAAGACAAGGACACAACACUGGACGGAAGCGAGCCUGACAGCGAAGAGGGUGCUCAAAGUGAAGAACAGCACAGUGAGAAGGCGGGGCCUGACAUCGCAAUCACCAUGACAGCAGACAGUGACCACUCAUCUGAUUAUAGCAGAUCAGGAUCAGCCAAGCGUGUUAGAUUUGAAGACACUGAAUCACUACCUGUCCUGGAGAAGCCACCCAUGUCAGACCAGACCACGUGGACACAUGAACCAGAGUAUGACAAAGGCCUGUACGUGAGAGUAUACGCUCCUCAAGGGCUCAAGGAGGAACAGCUACGCUGUGUUAUCUCGCUUGGUAAGCAGGUCCACAAGUCAGGAGUACUGGACCCAGAGGAGGAAGAGCAGGAGGCACAAGAUGAGCCAGAGGAACCAAAAGACAACAAAGAUAGUUCAAAACCAUCCACACCAGCCAAACCUAAGACUCCAACGAAGACGGACAAAGGAGAUGAAGCAUCCACAGAUGUUGUUGAGGAAGUCAAAGUUGUCAAAUAUUUUGAGGAGUAUACCUUUGAGCUUCCUGAAGAAAUGCACUCAGAAUCCAAAGCAUCAGAUGUUCAACAGCUUCGUGUGGCUGUUAAUUAUGGUCCUAACGAAGAAAUGGUGGCCAUGGCGACCAUAAGCUAUGAUGAGAUCAAGUCUAUGGAGCUCCCAACUAUAGACCUACCUCCGCCAAAGGGUGAUGAACCAAGGCUAUUGGUAGACAUGGAGGUGAGAAAUACUGAGGAUACAUCAUCAGAAACCCCUAACCCAGAGGACAGGAUGAAGGAUGUCUCUCCUACAUUAGUGCCCCUGUUCUCACUGCGCUCAGGGAAGGGGCCCUGCGGACAAAUGCCAUUGGUUCUCUACUGGGGUCAGAGGCUAAAACCAAGGUCUUUCAACAAACAAACUGGCACUGUGGGUGUGAAUGAGCUGGUGUAUGAUCUGACUGGAAUAGACCUGGAGGUGACAACCAAGGAGAAUCUCAACAAAGAAUACCGAGACGAGGCUUUAUCCGCUUUAGCUUUCACACCUGAACCUCAUGAGGAGACAGUGACCAGAGAGGAGUACGAUCGCAUGAUGGAACGGCACAAGCAAGAGCUCAUUAUGCUUCAGGAUGAAUACGAGACCCGCCUCCAAGGACUGAUGGACAACCUGAGGAACAUGCCCACAAUACAGCCACCAGCAAACACGCCUUAUAAGGAGGGUCAGAGGUCACAUUCUGCAGGAAGUCGAGGUCACCUAGAGAGACACUCUAUCCAUACCUCCCCCAUAAACAUGGACUACAAGCCUGAGGGUAACAGCCCCAUCAAACAACCCAGGCCUCCGUCUCAUUCAAAGCCAAAGAAGAAUUUCAGAGUUGGUCGACCAUUACCAAAAUGGGGUAAUGAUUUGCCACAAGACUUUUUGUCAAGGCUACAGAAAUACGAGUCCGAGACCCAGAAGCACAGGCAGGCCCUCAGUGACAAAUUGUGGCAGGAGGUCAGCAAAGACAUAGAGCAGAAACUGGCUGGUCAACAUAAACUGAGUGAGAGACAAGCUCCCGAUGCUCUGGAAGAUGUGAGUUUACCAGCCCUCUUCAUGCCAUUCCGAACUGGUAAUGUGUUCAACCCCAGAGCUCACCAGUACUUCCACCCUAAAGGUUCCAGCCACAUGCGUCUCACCCAGCCACCAUCUGUGUUCCAGCUACCUCCACUGCCACAAAAUAAACUUGCUGUGCUAAACUUGUUCAACCUGAGCAGUAACUUUCAGCAGCCGCCCAGCUGGUUGGUGGAGCGGUAUAUUGAGCAGCAGCAGCCUACCCCUCAGGGAGCCCCUCCCUCCACACCUGCCUUCUUGGGAGGCCAGACCUCGUCUUAUACACCACCUUUCCCUACGAUGGUAAGGGAGACAACUGGUGCUCGAGAUCAGAGUCAGAGUUACCUCCCUGUCAGUGCAACCUCACACGGAGAAUGUGAACGAUGAGAUGUAUCAUUCAACAGACUGGCGAACAUCACUGUUCUGUGAUGUGAAGAAAGAUGCUUUGAAUGCUGAUUGAAACAGAUUAGCUCAAAACCUUUCACAAACUUUAGAUAUCUCAUUUCUCUCGUCUGUGAAAGUUCUAAGAUGAAGGUAUAAAUCAGGUUCAGUCAGACUGAAGACUUACUGAAUAUUUGAAGGUCUUAGUCUUGCCUUCUUGUGGCAGAUUACCUUCAAUCUUGAGUUUUAUUUGAACAGUUGUAAAUGAUGUCUGGGGAUGUGGAUUUCUAUCGUCUCUUUACACUUUGAUAUGCGAUUUAUAUGUAUAAAAAUUAUUUUAAUUGUGUGCAAUAUGUACAUGUAUUUUCCUACAAAGCUGGUAUCUACAAGAAAGUUGAAGAUUAUCUUUAUAAUGCAUUGUUUCUGUAUGCGUGGAGAUUUUUAUGAGUGAUGGAAACUACAAAAGAUAUCAUCAGUAUUUCAUUGUAAUUGGGCCAGAUAAUCAAUGAAUCAACAUGAACAUUUUAUUCUACAAUGGCUGUGCCUUUAUUUAAGCAGGUCUGUGAUUCUUGUUGUGAAGACAAGGUAAAUCCCGUCCAAUGAACUACCACGUCUGUAUUUUAUGAAUAUUGAACCAUUUGUAUAUUUAUUUACUCUUUUAUAGUAGAUUUUGUUACGAUCUAUUAUAGCAUCAUUGCAGUACAUGUAUUAUUGUAUGUGUUGUCCGUAUUUAUGACAAAUUAUAGCAUACAAGUACAUUGUUACGAACUGUUGAUAGACAGAGGCACUGGUGGUAUGCAUGUUAACAUGUACUAGGAUGUGUAAUGAAUACAGAUCAUUUUUACAGGUAUUUAAACUAAGUUAAAUGUUGAAAAAUGUAUGAAGCAAUGUGCUUCUUAAGUGUUGUCAUUUAAGGCAUAAACUGAGAAGCAUACAUAAAGAAAUGUCAAAACCAAGAGAAGAGAUAAACUAGCCUUUGCAAACUGGCCUGGUCUCCUUAUAUGAUUUCUGUGGAAAGUUUACUACUACCUAGCCCUCAACAAAAGAAAGUUUCAGGUUCAAAUCCAGCUUUUGCUGUUUUUUUUUGUCGCCGAUUUACUACAGGCAAAAAUUAGUUAUUAAGAGUUAUUAGGAGCCUGCAGGCGAAUGCCAAAGUUUUUCUCUGAGGUGUGGUGUUUUAAACGAUGGAAACUAGACAGCCACUCUGCAGCAGGCCAUGCUUAU